AUGGUCUCGAGCAUGUUCAGACGGCGUGGCUUCAACAUCGCCAGCUUGGCCGUGGGCCACAGCGAGGAGCCCGACCUCUCGCGCAUGACCUUCGUCGUCGAGGGUGACGACAGGGUCGUCGAGCAGGUGACCAAGCACCUUCACAAGCUGAUCGACGUGAUCAAGGUCUCGGACAAAUCUCGAACCAGAACAUCGUCUCGCGAGAGCUCGCGCUCAUAA